CAAGCUCGCUUAGGAGAGCCGAGAUCGGGAGGGUGGGCGAAAGAAGAACGUCAUCGAGCUCGUUAAGGAGAGAAGAGAACGAUCAUUUCUAUGACAUGCAGUGAGACAGUGAUCGAUAGCUGAUGAGAGCGUCGUCGGAAUCUGAUAAGCGUCGAGCUUCGCAUCUCUCGGUGACAAAACCGCCUAGAAGGUCUACGUGGAAGGUACGGAGACCUUCGUGAAAACAGAAAGAGAUACGGGAGGAGAAGAGGGCGAGAAGAGGGCGAAGCGUCUCUUAGGUGGGGGUUGGUCGAGCGAAAGAGGGAGGCUCUUCUCGAGGGAGGAAGGGAGAGCUGCGGGUUGAGUGUGGUAAUUCGAAAAAUAAGUCUCCGCGGGCGACAAGCACACUUGACCGAAGCACACUCGAAUCGGAAGGGUCGAGCACUCGGGAAUAACAAUUAAUAAACGCCAGUCGGCCUACCAGCGAGCCUCUGGCCGCUCGAGGGCCUCCAAGGAUUAUGUGAACGCGGAAGACGCCUAACAUUCGUCGGCCGAGCCUCCGUUCCAACGUGUCGACAACGGGCAAGCGAGAACGACAGCAUGCGUGGCUGAGGAAAGUUAACGUACAAUCUUUCCGUUUGUUUUUUUCGAGUUUAUAAAGGUGAAAGAAGUCAAGGUUUUUCGUGAAGAAGAGACAAGGUAGUGUGAAUUUACACGGUGAGAAUGCGUAACAUGUGACGCGGACGAGCUUUCCCGUGCGUGGACAAUCUACGACGAUUGUAACUAUGAGGAAGAAGAUCGAGGAAGACGAGAGGAUCUGAAGAGAGGAGACAUCGAGAGCACGGAAAGAGUUGUUUCGAAGUAGCUCUCAUUACGAUCGUCGCGAGGAAGAGAACAGUAGCAAAGCGGCGUGAUGGAAGACGACAAACGCAGCGAAGCCUCGCCGAAGCCCCUUCAACCGACCCCUUUUAGUAUCGCUGACAUCCUCAGCCGGAGAAAUUCUUGCGCGGAUUCAAGAAGAUGCGACCUGGAGAAAGUCCAGGCCGCCGUCUCCACGCCGAUGAGAAGACACAAUCGCGAGUACGAGCGCGUGGAGAACGAGCAGCUUGACGGAAGCUACGAUCAUGAUCAGGUGAUUCAUUAUCCGAGGCUGCCCACUCCGGAGUUAAGCAUGGCGCACGAGUUGGAUAUCUUAAGAAGAAACCUGGCGCAAGCGAAUUUGUCAAAUUUCGGAGGCAUCCCGCACUUGAGCCAAGGAACAUUCAAGAAUCACUUCGAGACUUUGGGAAACUUGACGGCGUAUCCGCCUGUUAAAGAGCCGAUGGAGACUUCACAUAGACAGCAGGACGAAGCCUUAGACAUGAGUAAAAAUAAAUAUCUAGAUGAGGCAGAGGACGACGCGUACGAAUCGCAAAAUUCAGGCCAAAGUUUGCAGAACAGAAAAAAGCGCAGCAGGGCAGCGUUCUCGCAUGCACAAGUCUAUGAACUGGAGAGAAGAUUUGCCGCUCAAAAGUAUCUGUCCGGUCCGGAAAGGGCAGACCUAGCACGUGGCUUAAAACUAACAGAGACGCAAGUGAAGAUCUGGUUUCAGAAUCGACGGUAUAAGACCAAGCGGCGCCAACAGCAGGAAUUGGGCGCCCUCGUGAACUCUGGAAGCGCCAGGCGUGUGGCGGUGCGCGUCCUGGUACACCCAGAUGAACAUCUGAGGGGAUUGCCUCUUCGUGGUUCCGGACAACUUCCCGGGCAAAUGUCGAGCCCGCAAAUUCAUCCCGCGAACAAAGCGCUCGGCGGUUUCCCGUAUUAUUGCCUGCCGUACCACCCGCUACUCUGCCCACCCCUACAUGCCACCCACGUUCAGGUACAAAGCCCGAUCACACCCGAUUUCGAUCCAAAUCAAAUUUCGAAGAUCAAAGACGAGAAGUGAACGAUAGACUUCUCUGGAAGUACCGACUAUCGUUCCACGUCUAAACGAAGAUGAUGGUACUUCAGAGAAUGAUGCAAAAUAUCAUCAUUUAGAGAAUGACACUUUUUAGAUAGAGAUAUCGUGAGGAAUAUACAAAAAACUCUUUUUGGAAAGUUUAUCAUUUUGCCCGAGAAAUGAAUUGAAAGACUUGGGCAAUAGUGUGUUCGACUACAGGAAAAUCGUAUAUAUGUGUAAAAAUUUUACAUUGUUUUUAUAUAACUUUAAUAAUGAUAAUUUUUUUAAAGCGAAAAACUUAAAAAUACAUUCGAAAUUUGACUACACCUAUACUAGAUGUUAUAUUUUAUGACAUUUUUUAAUAUCUCAUUUAAUAACAACUCUAACUUAACACACAUUAGCGGCCGUUGCUAUUUUUUUUUAGAUUAAUAUCUUAUUUCUUCUAGAAACGAUAGGAUUCUAAAAUUUUACGACUUUUCAUUAAUCAUUGGAUCAAUCGCUUGAUUGAGGAAAAGUCACAAAAUUUUAAAAUCCUAUCUUUUAUACAAGAGACAGGAUAUUAAUCUAAAAAAAUUGGAAACGGUCAGAAAUGAUCGUUCGAUACUUUUAGUGUUAACACGUUAUUUCUAAGACUUUCAAUUGCAUUUCUAUCUAUGUACACACUUUAUGCGCAUAGAAGGUUGGUUCUUCGGAAUUACAUUAACAUGCAUAAAUAACUGGAUUUAUUCGUCAUCUAAUAGCUGUCUGAGAUCAUCGCGUAUUUAUUAUAAUUCAAUGGCGAUGUAAAAGCAAUCGUGUAAAUUAGUCUGUAAAUAAGUGUAUAAAAUACGAAAUAUCAAGUCUUCUGUAUUUUCUUCUGUUAUUUGAGGUAUCAAACUUUAAACUUGAAAGGGAGUAGAAUUUUUAAAUCAAGUUAAUGGUUUUAUUAGCUUCCUAUUAAUCCUUUGAUGUUUUUGGAUUUCAAAGUUUCAUAUCUCGGAAAGAAGAAAAAUAAAGAUGACGUUGCACAACUAUUAUAUUAUAAAAUUAUCGUGCUUUUUAUCUUAAUUGAGAGAAUGUUGUCUGAUGUAGAAAUUACAGAGCACGAUUGUUCGAAAGUGAAAAUGAAAAACGUGUUCUUCAAAUUACUAAUGGAAUAUGUGCAAUUAGUAGCGAAACGUGUGUAAUGUAAAAUGUAAAAUGAAUUAAAUAUUUAAUGCUAAUUAAAUUUGUUUAACAUGCGCCAUGCGUGUAUCAUGUUCAAAUUCAAUUUAUUGUUUAAGUACAGACGCGUAAAUGUCUUUAAAUAUAUGUAUA